AUGGCACAAUCUCUAAAAGAUUUUAAAGGCUGGGAAUUGCAUUUUGAGGAGACAGGCGGUGACUCAGCUCCCGCAACUCCUACUCGAAGAACUAGAAGGACUCGUGGCGCAAGUCUGCAAAUUUCACUCUCUCGUAUUGGCGACGAAAUCACAAUCAAAGCUGGUGAUGUUGUUCUUGUACAGGGAAACAAUGGCACCAUAUUGUACUUGAUAAAGGAAAUAGAGCAUGGCGUUCUAAGAUACUUGGACGUUGCUGCGUACAGAUUCAUAAAAGCGCUGGAAAUUGACACAUUGAAGCUGGAAGAUUCAAUUACUAAAAACGAGGUAUAUAUUACCGCAUAUGUGGAAAGCAUCAAAUUGUGUGAUAUUGUGGAGAAAGCCAGUGUCCUUUCAUAUGCUGAAUUCAAAAGCGAAAUAGUUGUUGACGACUCAAAUUCGUUCAACACUUUCUUCUGUCGCAAAGGCUGCGAUAUUUCAGGCAACCACUUUUCAGACGAAUUGGACUUUAGGGAAUUUUAUAAAUUGUUCCAGACAGACAAGGCACAUUUCAAUGAGGAAUUGAAGCGAUAUACCGUGAAGGCAGCGUAUAAAGGCACCCCCAAUUCUAGUCCUUCUAAGCAGUCUCUGCCUAAAAAGCCAAAGUCAUCACCAAAAAAAUCAGCAGUAGAACCCACCUCCCCCAUUGCUGGAAUCCCUUCAGACGUAUCAGAUGAUGAUAGUGCCGCGAGCGAAGGCUUUGAGUCAGAGAGUUCUGAGGCUGAACAAGAAACAAUUGAUGAUGAACAGUCCCCCACACAACCAUCUAAAAAUGCACGAAAACGAGGCAGAAAACCCAAGGAUUCAACUCCCAAGAAACAACGAGAUAAAUCGAGAGAGUAUAUGAACUCUGUUCUUCUGCCGUUGAAAAAACGACUUAAGCUCAAGAAAGAUAAUGCUCCCAAUAUGCAAGCAUUGUCUCCAUCGAAGAAGGUUCAAAACACUCCCCAACUUUUCGAUACGUCCACUAAAGCAUUUCAAGAUGUCAAAGAAAAAUUGCACACAUCGGCUAAACUAGCGUCAAUGCCAUGUCGUGAGGAAGAAUUUGCAUCGAUCUACUUGAAUUUAGAGUCUGCAAUUCAAGAGAGAUCAGGGUGCUGUGUGUAUAUCAGUGGUACGCCUGGAGUCGGUAAAACUGCCACUAUCAGAGAAGUGAUUUCACAGCUCAGAGAAUUGGUCACCAUGAACGAAUUGAGUGACUUUGAUUAUAUUGAAAUUAAUGGGUUGAAGCUUCUCAAUCCAAAUGCGGCAUAUGAGCAACUAUGGGAGUUUGUGAGUGGUUAUAAGGUUAGUGCGACCAAUUCUGCUCUUCUUCUUGAAAAUUACUUUUCAGAGCCCAACGAAAGGAAACCUUUGGUUGUGUUGAUGGACGAACUCGACCAGCUAGCAACGAAAAAGCAGAACGUGAUGUAUAAUUUUUUCAACUGGCCCACUUACCAGCAUUCUCAUCUUAUUGUGAUAGCCGUUGCGAACACUAUGGAUUUACCGGAGCGUCUUUUGUCAAACAAAAUUUCGUCACGGCUUGGACUCCGUCGCAUACAAUUCGUGGGAUACACGUUUGACCAAUUGGGUACGAUCAUCAGACAUCGACUUGAUCUGCUAACCAAGCAGAACAAACGAAAGGUAGUGGUUGAUAGUGAUGCGGUAGGCUACGCUUCUAGAAAAGUUGCAAGUGUUAGUGGAGAUGCAAGACGGGCGCUUGCGAUUUGCAGAAGAGCUGUGGAGAUAGCAGAGGAGGAGUAUUUGAAAAAUGCUCCGGCGACUGAGUUAAACGAACUUGAGGUUGCCGAACAGACAUACAGGGUACAAAUUGAUCACAUUUCGCGGGCAAUCAAUGAAACCAUUAACUCUCCAGUGGCUCAAUUUUUAUCGAGUCUACUGUUUGCAGCCAAGCUUGUUCUUCGGGCUGUAAUUAUGAGGAUGCAGAGAAGCGGAGCUGGAGAGGUUUCUCUUGGUGACGUAAUUGACGAAAUGCGCAAUUUAUUGGUGAUGCUGACAGGAAAACACAAGUUUGACCCAAUUAUAUCAGAUAAUGGGGGCCUUGUUGACUUCUUUUACGGUGCGGAAACAACAGAACCAAAUGAGGGUUUUCGAAAACCGACCAAUCUUCGAAUUUCUCACUUCUCAUAUAUCAUCUCAGAACUUACCGAAUGUGGUGUUUUGACCGAGCAAAGCACUCAAAGUGAAAGACAUCGAAUGAUAAGUUUGAAUGUAUCUGAAGACGAGGUGAAAACUGCCUUGGAUAGGGAUCUGGAAAUCCUGGCUAUCAAGUAG